AUGGAUAUGGAUAUAUUUGACCAAACACAAUACUGUAUAGAUAAAACCAAAAAAAAAAAUAUACAUAAAUUCGAAGAAGAAUCAAAUAAUGGUAUAUUAAGCGUAGUACCUUCGAAAUUGAAAUUUAAUUUUGAUUUCGGAAAUUUUAAAGUUCAAGAGAAAACAGUAGAAAUUACGAACUUUUUUGUUAAACCGUGUCCCAUUCGAUUUUUACCAUUGGAAACUCAUUAUUUCAGGUUUAAAGAUAUUUAUCAGAGAACAUGGCUCAAUCCUGGAUCUGUUUUCAAAAUGAAUAUUUUAUUUAUACCUGAUGAAAAUAGAGAUUAUAAUGACACUUUAAAAAUACUUUAUUACAAUGAUCAAACAACGCAAAUAAAAAUCUACGCGGAAAUGACGACCAAAUUUUCCUUUCCCACUAUUGUGAAUUUUGGACAUGUACCACUUGGUCGAACGGUUUGCUACAAAAUACCAAUACAUUCCCACGCAGAGAAAGAUUUUUCUUUCACUAUUAUACCAUUUAACGGAGGAUCGUGUGUCGACGUUUAUCCUCGUUGGGGUCACAUAAAAUCAAAGCAGAAUCCUGCAAUAAUUGCGAUUAUUUAUAGGCCUCUUAGAUAUAUAAGUAUGAAUUUUGAAAUUCGAAUAUUCAUAUCUGAUCUAUGCAAAAGUCCACAUAUUAUAAAUUUCUAUGCCUAUACUCGACCAGGUCUUUUACGAGAAAAAUUGGAGACCAUCGAUGCAAAAAUGGAAAACAAAAUACAGCAGAAAAAUAUUAGCACAACUUUUUGCAAAGGAGCAAAACCAAUUUCCGUAAAGAAAAAUAAACCGAAAUAUUUAAAAGAAUCUACUAUGAAAUUCACAAGUUCCGAAAAACUUUUAUUAAAACAAUGUUAUUUUCCCCUUUACACAUUGCACGCUGUCAACUGUAUUUUAAAUUUGAAAAUUCGAAAAUUAUUUAACGAAUAUGAAUUAAAGGGACCGUUGGGUGUAUUUUUAUUUCAAACUAUGGAGCAAAAAGUGCAAAAACUGAAAGAAUUUUUGGUAAAAGUAGAAAAUCGCUAUCGAGAAAAUGAACAAGUGAAAUAUCAUCAUAAGGUGAAAGUAAAUUAUGGAACAUCCAAUGUUAGUAAAAAUCAAAUUGUUGAAAUUAAAACACAGCAAGAACAAGCUUGGAAUGACUAUAAAGAUUUAAUAAUGACCUCAGAAAAAUGUAUCUUCGAACAAAAAAAGACUAAAGAGAGAAGGCAAAGAAUUUUAAGGGUUUCUCAAACUUAUCCAAGUUCAAUCCCAACGUCGUCUCGGAAAGAAGAGCCAUUUUUUCACUAUUACAAAAUUCUCCCUUUUCUUCAAGUGGCUCGUAAAAUUGUGUUAAGGAAUCGAUUAAUAAAGGCACUUUCAAAAUUGCAAAACAUAACGCCCGAAUUAAUUAGCAAAUUUGAAGAACCAUUUGUAAAAAAUUAUUCACUUACUUUGAAAGCUUGA